AUGGGCGAUCUACCGGAGGCGAGAGUUAACCGUGCCGCUCGCGCAUUUAUACAUACUGGCGUUGAUUACGCUGGACCAAUCACUGUCCGAACCGCGCCCGGCCGAGGACACAAAUCGCAAAAGGCUUACAUUGCGCUGUUCAUAUGUUUAACGACCAAGGCUAUGCAUUUAGAACUUGUUUCCGAUUACAGCUCGCCGACCUUUAUUGCAGCGUACCAGCGAUUUGUCUCCCGCCGAGGACUACCGCAGUCCAUGUACUCAGACAACGGUACAACCUUUCAUGGCGCUAAUCGAGAAUUAUCCGAAGCUCACGCGAAAGCAAUUCGCGAUCCAAGCUUUCGUAAUCGUCUCGCUAGCGAUGGAACUGCGUGGCAGUUCCUACCCCCGGCCGCACCACAUUUCGGCGGACUGUGGGAAGCCGGGGUCAAGAGCGUCAAAUACCACAUAAAGCGUUGCAUCGGCCUCCAUACAUUAACUUUUGAAGAAAUGACCACGUUUCUUUGUCGCAUUGAAGCUUGCUUAAACUCUCGUCCGAUCGCUCCCGUCUCCGAUAAUCCUGACGAUUAUCACGCGUUAACGCCUGGUCAUUUCUUGAUCGGUACCUCUCUUCUCGCUCCCGCCGAACCAAGCGUGCUUGAAUUUAACGAGAAUCGAUUGUCGCGUUGGCAAAUGAUUCAACGUCUGACGGAAGAGUUUUGGCGGUCCUGGUCAAGCGAUUACUUGCAUUCUCUUCAACAACGCCCAAAAUGGCGCGUUAUCCAGCGACUUGCCAAAGUUGGCCAAAUAGUCCUAGUGCGUAAUCCCUUGGCUCCGCCCAGCCAUUGGGACCUUGGACGAAUUGUCGCCUGUCAUCCAGGAGAAGAUGGCCUGACGCGCGUUGUCACGGUCAAAACCUCCCGUUCUGAAUAUAAACGACCGAUCGUGAAACUAUGCUUCUUGCCUGUUGCGAUUAAUACCGAAGAAGUAAAAGAUUCCGUUAUGGCGGGCGGAAUCUCGUCUUAA